AUGCGCAACAAGAACCAAAUGGAGAAAGAUUGUGGUUCGGAACGCAUGAACUGCUUCCACCACGAUAACGAUCAUUGGAAAACUGCGCCCUUGUGGACAUCGGGACCGUUUUGCUUCUGCAUGAACGCAAACAACAAUACUUAUUCUUGCGUGCGAACUAUUAACGCAACGCAUAAUUUUUUGUACUGCGAGUUUACAACAGAUCCGUUUGAACUAUUUAAUCAAAUUGAUCAAUUGAAGCCAGAUGAACUCUCUUUUCUGCAUGAUCAGUUAAAACAGUUGAUUGCCUGCAAGGGUCGUUCCUGUAAACUCAAUCAGCAUCAGCAGGUUAUUAAACCAAGGCUUUCUAACAUUCCAAUGCCCAAUAUUCAACAACAGAAGUAUAAGAAUAAAAAGAGUAUUGAAGACCUUAAUGGACUUGGCAUAGGCGGAAGGCAUGGAAAUAUCCGUUUGGCCAAAAUAGACAUGAAAGGAAGAGGCAAAAACACUACAAUAAUUACGAAAACUCAAGAAGUCUUAAGAGGCGUUGGUUUUAGAAAACGGAGAAAAACGUGA